CAAAGCAGAUACACAGAGUUUGUUGUCCCUUCAAAAAAAAAAAAAUCACUUACUUGUAAUGCAGCCAUGCAUCCUCCCAAGUUCCAUCACCCAUAUACUGACACGUGGCAAGACAACAAUGGCCUAGAAUAGAACCCCAACAGCACAUUAGAGCCACCAAAACAUUUAGCUGUAAUCUUUCUUUCUUGUCCCUCUCAAAUGGGAGGCCACUCUGCAAUUCCUCACAAAGUUUCACCAAUCACCCGCUGAUCUUUAUCUCCUCUCCUCAAACAAUCACUCAUCAAUAUUCAGUCCGCCAAGCAUGUCCAUAGCUCCAAGCACAUAUCCAUCUCUCUGUUCUUCCCCUGCAAAGAAGCCAUUAAUUGCGGCUCUGUUCUCCCAAACCAAGCUUCACUCCCCCCAAUUUCACUCAUUCCCUAGUAAUUCAGAAAGAUUCAGCAAGACCCACUUGCUCAAACCCUUCAUCUUGAUCUCGAAAGCAUCAUCGGAAACCGACGAAGCCCAGAGGUCAAAAACACAGAGCAAAAGCGAGGUAAUUGAAGAAGAAGAAAAGGGGGGAGAAGAAGAAGAAGAGAAUGAAGAGUAUGAAGUAGAACUGGAGCAGCCUUAUGGGUUAAGAUUCACCAAGGGCAGAGAUGGCGGAACUUAUAUAGAUGCCAUUGCUCCGGGAGGAUCCGCUGACAAAACUGGAUUGUUCACUGUUGGGGAUAAAGUGCUUGCCACCAGUGCAGUGUUCGGAACAGAAAUAUGGCCUGCUGCUGAAUAUGGGAGAACAAUGUACACCAUUCGCCAGAGAAUUGGCCCGUUACUCAUGAAAAUGCAGAAGAGAUAUGGAAAGAUGGAUAAUACUGGUGAAUUAACAGAAAAGGAGAUUAUUAGAGCUGAGAGGAACUCUGGCGUAAUUAGUAGCAGAGUGAGGGAAAUCCAAAUGCAAAAUUACGUCAGGAAGAUGGAACAGAAAGAACGCAGAGCGAAGGAACUUAGCGAAGGACUGCAGCUUUACAAGAAUGCCAAAUAUGAAGAAGCACUUGAGAAAUUUGAGUCUGUACUGGGAUCAAAACCAGAUCCCAAUGAAGCAUCAGUGGCAAGCUACAAUGUUGCAUGUUGUUAUUCUAAGCUCAAUCAGAUACAAGCAGGACUUUCUGCACUUGAGGAUGCCAUGCAAGCAGGAUUUGAAGAUUUCAAGAGAAUCCGAAUAGAUCCUGAUCUAGUCAAUCUAAGAGCAUCAGAAGAAUUCGAGCCUCUUCUGAAGAGGUUUGAUGAAUCAUUUAUCAAUGAGAAUGCUAUUAAUGCCAUUAAAUCUCUGUUUGGCUUCAACAAGUAGAGCCAGGAAUUUGCUUGGAAAACUCAAAAGAUUCAGUUUGGGAGCACACGCUUAUAAGAGAGCUGAUACAGGGUUGAGUCAAGCUGUCUAGUGAUUCUCACCCAAUUAGAUUCUCUUGUCAGAUUUGUUUUAGCUAUAGAUGAAGAUGAGGUUUUUAUCGAAGCAGCUCAAAAUUAUUUCAAUUGUAAGUUGCUUUUUUUUUUUUUUUAAUGAUUUGACCAACUUGGUUUUGUUAUCUGUAAUUUCAAUGAAAGAAAAUUGAAGGAAACAAGAAAGAAAGAAAAUCUUCAUUUUUUUGGCUUC